CUCUCAUUACGUUACCAGUGCUGUGGUUAAUCGUUUCUUGGCAAAGUGUUUUUGGAAAUGAUUUCGCAGUUAUGACGAUGUGCUAGAAGGCAAAUGGCUCAUAGCAUUGUAUGCUGCCUAUAGAGGUAUGUUUUCUUUUCUUUUUAAAUAAGCCGCACGAUAAUAGUAACGCAGUCAUAAAGUCAUCUUUCAAUGAGUAUUGCAAAUGACUAGUUCAAUAUGAAAUUGGAAAAUGAUUCGUUAGAUGUAUAAAAAAUCAGUUUGUUUGUUUGUUGAUAUUUGUGAAAGUCUGUUGUAAUUAUUAACAUAAUAUUGCAUUUGAAAAUUAAGCGACAUUUGAAAACACGUUUGGAUAGGACAGGAAACACACUAAUUCUUGCACAAGCACCGGAGUGGUAUUACUCUCUUUGAAUGUCAAAUGCUUUAAAAUGUAUUUUAAGGUAUUUUGUUAGUUACUUUAGACAUUGGUUAGCAAGAAAAUAACUAAAGCAACUUAAGCUAAGAAUAUAAAAAAACAUUGAUGCAAUAUUUCAAAUGCAAAUGCAAAAACACCCAGAAAUUGAACAAUCGUUCAUUUUGUUACGAUUUUGGUUGUUGGGAACUUCCAUUCUUCCAUUAAUAACUUUAUAAAGCCUACACAAGUUUCGAUUUCGUUUACAAUGGAAUGGAAAACUGAUCCUAAUUUUCGAAUAUAAUAAAGGAGGGAUCCAUACUAGUACAAUUUUCUGGACUAUUGAAAUCAUUUCUGAUUAGCGGAAUAAACCCUCACAAUUUGCCUUUUUAGGGACUUAUCUACUUCUAGAUAUUCAUCUAAAUAUCUUAGAUAUUUAGGGAAAUAUCUAGUUCUAUAUCAAUGUAAAAAGAAUCUGUCAACUGUUGAAAGAAAUCAUUAGGUAUCAUAAGAUGUAGAAUCCUGCAUGGGGUUUGACUACAAUCGUUUAAAAUUAAAUUGCGCUACAAGAUAGUACAAAACACAUCCUUGUUGAGAAUAUUUUCUCCUCAUCCUGUAUGCCCAGUUUGAAUAAACCCGAAGCACACGGUUUAUCGGUUAUUGUAACACUAGUUACAAUAGUUAAAGUAUUAACAUGUUUUUAUUGCUACAUUUAUUCAACGACUUUGUACGAAAAUGUGCACAUGAUACACAUUGUUGAAUGGAUGUACAACACCAGAAAAAAACGCAGUCUGCAAGAAUGUACAGGAAAUAUCCGGCACUCAAUCCAUCAGACAAUAGCGUUUCGAAUUCCAAGGCACAAACUAAUCCUCUUGAAAAGCUCAAGCUUUUUUCCGCUUUUUUUUUUGGUUUUUUUGUUUUUACUCCCCAGUUUUGCUACACCAGGCCAAACGGAACCGUUCAGGUACGCCAACCUUACGGGUAAUGCAAUGGGUUUGGGUGCUGUAACUAAGUCCAGCCUGGUGUUGGUUGAAGUGGUACGCCUCGGCGGUACGAUUGAUGCUCACGUUUUGGCUCCACAGUGCCACAAAGCCCGUUCGGUCGGUCUUGCUGAUUGUCCCGGUUCGUGCAGGUUGCCCAUUAGAGGCCUGGUUAACGGGGAUGGGCUUACGCAUCCGUAAGGAAACAACUUUACUCUAAUCCCGAACAAUGGACGUUGUGUUUGCGCUUUGCCGAUGGGAUCCAGCUAGAGUCAGCAUUGCUCUGAUCUCAGCGAUCAGUGUUGAACGUGUCCUUUCUUUCAUACGAACGCCUGUCGACGCCAGUUUACACACACACACACAUGCCCUGUUCUCCCGCAUGGCUCCUGGUACAGAUGGUUUGAAUUAAUAGAAUGAUGAGCGUACCAUGGGAAAGUAACUUUUAGCGUUUUGAGAUCUGUGCUCCCGGUACUCGCACCACGCUGUCAACAAGCAGUGCUACCUUAAGGUGCCGUAAGGUAUUUUUGCCCCAAAUGUCAAUUCGGCCAGUAUUCGUGUGCGAGCCAUCGGACGUUCCGGCUGUGCGUCGCCGGAUUGGAAAGUGGACAGCGGUGCAGGGACACAUUUCCCCACGGAUUAGAUUAUCGUCGUUAUUCUAUGUUACCCGAAAUGUACUAAGUUCAAAGAAAGAUGAGCUGUUUGAUAAAUUCAUCGCUUCGAGAUACGUUUCGCAAAAAGGAUAAAAGAAGCAUUAUACAUUCAACGUUAUUCAUUCGCCCAAAGGAAACCUGUGUUUAUCUGAUGUGUUUCAUGCUGCUUGAAAAUCACCUAGAUUAGCUGUUCUGGAGAGGCUUUGCCGUGGAUUAGUAGAGGAAAAAAAGAACAACAACAUCGAUUAACCAAGUGAUGAUAAAUCUGUGCUUGCAUGCUGAUAAAAUACAUGCUGGUAAUCGGUUCACAGUAAUGCUCCGAAGAGAUGCAACCUGUAAGCGAACGAUCUCUAUGCGUUCGCCUAUUUUGCUUAUUUCUCUAUUAAUCUCUUUGCCUCUCUCUGCUUCUCGAUGCCUGUUACGUUAUUCUAAACAACUCGGUGUACUAGACAAGUAUGUUUAUGAAUGCAAAUGCACGCAGCGACGGACAACACGGUUGUCUUUGCACACCUUUUUCUGAUCCCAUGCACACAGUUUGCAUAAACUAUGUACCGAAAGUACAGGCGAAAUAAAUAUCACAUAAAUCACACCCUUUGCAACAAAUAUUUUCGUUUGUACUCGCCGAUUUUCGAGUCAAAAAAUGUCGAAAAAAAGAAAUACGAAGCAUGUUUAUCAGUAGCAGAGCUAAAAUCACAACAAUUCACAGAAGGACAAUAGAUAGGAUGGAAUUCAUCCCAACGGAGACAACAGUUAUCCCGGCAGUCCGGUCACGAAACACACGCACGAAGCGUAUGAGCGGAUCGGUGCUUGCCAUGCUCAGCGGUCUCUUUUUUCGGCAAAAUUUCUCUCCAACCUCGACUCGGAUACGGAGUGGCGAAAAUGGAAAUCUACAUCGGAUCGGACUCGGUCACUUCGUGCUCUACGGUGAUGCUACGAGCAUCGGUUUGCUUGCCGCAAAGGUUCAUUCCGACGGUUAGUGUGCCUGCUUAGUGUGCGAAUAUUCAUCGUGCCAUCAGGACGUACGCUUUUUGGCGGAAGUUCCCACGGUUUUGUGGUUGGUAUUUGCGAAUUUUGUGUCCGCAUUCCACUGGUUCUCGAAGUUCCACGAACCACAUCUUGGCGAUUGCGUAGCGAUCUCGGCUGCCAGGUUUAUGGGUGCCACAUUCAGUCAGACACGUUUAGCGAUGUCUGUCAUUUAAGAUGCUCGUGUGUUUGUUUAGCGUCGAGUGCCGGUGUUUGAGUUUGUCUGGUACUGUAUGCAGGACCAUGCAUUCCGCAGUCGACAGCUAGGAGCCGGAUGAUUGACAGAAGGAAAUAAAGUUGAGCAGCCACAGAAUUGAGCGCAAGGGAAUAGACGCCGGUUACGGAUAACUGGAAAGGAAACCGAAAUACGGCUUCAUCUUCACAUUUCCUUUUCCAGUACAGAGGAGAAUCAACCGUAACAUUCAAUUCGUGCUUUAGAAGCUCUGUUUAAACUGUGCUUACAACGUGUGCCGAUUAGUAGAUUACGAAUGUUUUUGUUUAUAUAAUUGUUCGGUAAGAUUAACUCUAUGCGAUAUUGGAUACAUUUAGCACAGUAUUGCAGUGUUGUGUUAGACAUGCGUGUGCAAUGUUUUGCAUUUUUUUAGUAAAAUAAUAUAUGUGAAAUUGUGUUCGUGAACGUUUUAAUACAGUUUAAUUUUUAACAGUGUUUUAAAUAGCAGCUGUCAGAUUCUAAGUACGCGUACUAAUUCAUCCUUGACACCUGUCAAGCGUGUCGAUUGCGUCGAUAUAAGUGCUACGAAGUAUCUUAAAGUUAAAGUUUCCACGUUCCAAGCCGUUGUAAGUGUUAACAAAUAACAAAACAAAGUCUAUAAGGUGGAAAAGAAAUAUUUAAAAAUUGUUGCUACAAAUUUAGUGAUUAUAAAGAGUCAAACAUAAAAUUAUGCUGCAAUAAAAUGUGCAUGGUAGUAGAUGUGAGUGAUUAAAAUGUUGUUAAACCAUACCAGUGCGUUGUGAGUUUGUUCUUACACUUGGAUAAAAAAGUGAAAUUCUGCAUAAAGAUAUGCAACUCGAGUGAAGAAUACAAUUCGUUCUAAUGAGAGUAACUGAGGCGUAAACUGAUACGCUGAGAUAAGAUGCAUGUGUGUUUAACAAGUGUAUAAUUAAGCAGAAUUCAUUCGCGUACAGAUUCCGCGUUGCGUAGGAUCUCAAAGAUACCAAGAUUCCCUGAUUCUAAGCUUGGUGUUUAGUGCUUAUCAUACGCUGUGCCAUAGUUUGUAGACUGAACAAAAUUUUUAAACAUACACACAUUUCCGUAUACCAAUUAAAUUACCAUCAAGAACCAUCCCUUAUCCUGGAAUCCUCCGUUUUUUUUGGCGAAGACGAUUGAAACGGGACGUUCCGUAGAACACGCACAGUGAUGGCCGAUAAAGAGAAAUGUGUCUACGUAAAUGCCAUAAUCGUUCUUCUUACUGCACAAAUUUGUGCUUCGGUAACCGGCACGGGAUUGAGGAAUCUCUCACUGUCCAUCAAACCACCGUGGGUGAGACGCGGCCAGGAGGCACAGCUGCACUGUCAGUAUGAAAUGGAAGGUGCACCACUCUACUCGGUCAAAUGGUACCGGGGCACACUGGAGUUCUAUCGGUAUUCACCGUUUGAAAACCCACCAGCCAAGAUUUUUCCAUUCACCGGCAUUAAAGUUGAUAUGACUGUAUCGAAUGCAACGCACGUAACGUUACGAAACGUGGGUUUCAAUUUAUCUGGGAACUUUACAUGCGAAGUAACGGCGGACGCACCUUCGUUUUACACGGGAGUUGCAACAAACGUAUUAACGGUAGUCGAAUUACCUCACUCACCACCAACGUUGUGGACGGAACACACCAAAUACGACCCUGGUGAUAUAUUACGAGCCAACUGUUCUACCCCACCAUCGAAGCCCGGAGCCACGAUAACGUUUUUACUGAACAGCAUGACGGUUGGGACGGAAUCUACCGUGCUACAUCCAACGCAUGACAAUCUUCACUGGGCAUCGCGUGAUCUUAUCAUUCAGCUUUUGCCCUCUCAUUACUCCACUGGACAGCUAAUAUUACGAUGCUUGGCUGAAGUGGGCACCAUUUACUCGGAAGUAUCCCAAGCACCUCUGGAAUCUAGCCGCAAGGAACCAAUUCCGGAACGAGUAACAUCCCCUAAUGGUGCCGCAACUCUAACCGGAAGCAUAGAAACUCGCCGGCAGCAGCUUUUCCUGAUCAUUAUGGGAAUCCUUGUGAUACUGACCGUAAUACACUCGUACCAACCGAACUCGCUGAUCCGAUAGCUUUCACCGCUUACCCCAGCGUAAUUCCACAGCGAGAGGACUGCAUCAUGUGCGCGAAUGUGUUGGUGUGAAGGCAAAAUUUAGUACGACCGAGAGUCCGAGAGUGAAUGCAAGUGAAAAUGUCCACCGACGAUGUGUAGCGUAUAUUGCAUUUCCUGGUCAGAUUGCUUCAUACUCCUCAAACCAUCUCCAACCCGAUAAGCUUAGCGGAUCGGCCGUACCCGUAAGUUGAUCACAAACGGCAACGGAAUUCUGUGUUUGGCGCUGGGAAUAAGGAGGAGCGUAUAGAAUCCGUAACGAAGAAUGAAUAGAACGUGGAAGGGAUUCUACAUUCCGAUAACAAGAGUAAGGGAAAACACACGUUUUACACAAAACGGUCUGAACAACAAAUACUCGAAUG